CUCGAACCACCGGAUCACCGUCCCGAAAAAACCAAAGAAGAAGAAAACAUGAAGAACAGAGUCAGCAACACUCAAGUGAGUGUUAGGAGGCGUUCGUGGUCCUGGCAGAAUUAUCUGAACCUGCAGAGAGCUGAAGCUGCUCCUCUGUCACUGUUUACACAGUCCCAGUGUGUUCCCAGUAAGAGAACUGGUUUUAAAGUUGGGAUGAAGCUGGAAGGUGUCGAUCCGCUGCAUCCCUCCAUGUUCUGUGUGCUGAAUGUCGCUGAGGUGAUUGGCUGCCGGCUCCGUCUCCAUAUCGACGGCUUCUCAGAGUGCUAUGACUUCUGGGUGAACGCUGACUCAGCAGACAUCCAUCCGAUUGGCUGGUGUCAUGACAACAACCACAAGCUCCACCCACCCAAAGGUUACAGUGAGACAGAGUUUGAUUGGCAGCUCUACCUUCAGUCCACCGGCUCUCAUCCUGCCCCCCCGACGCUGUUCACCUGUCGCACUGCCGACUGUGGGUUCAGGGUGGGGAUGAAGCUUGAAGCCGUCGACAGGAAGAACCCGGGACUCGUCUGCGUCGCCUCCGUCACUGAUGUCAUCGACGACCGCUUCCUGGUUCACUUCGACAACUGGGACGACACCUACGACUACUGGUGUGACAGCAGCAGUCCGUACAUCCAUCCUGUCGGCUGGUGUGAAGAACAGACUCGACCUCUGACCGCUCCACA